AUGAGCUACGUUGUAAUACAACCCUCGCCUAAUGGGGCAGUAAAUGUGCAUGAAAGGGCGGGUGGGAUCCGUGCUCAGCGGGUCCCUCCUUACUGGGAGAAACGGGUCCCUGCUGACUGGGAGAAACGGGACCCUGCUGACUGGGAGAAACAGGACCCUGCUGACUGGGAGAAACAGGACCCUGCUGACUGGGAGAAACGGGUCCCUGCUGACUGUGAGAGAGAAACGGAGAGAAACGGGUCCCUGCUGACUGUGAGAGAGAAACGGGACCCUGCUGACUGGGAGAAACGGGUCCCUGCUGACUGGGAGAAACGGGACCCUGCUGACUGGGAGAAACAGGACCCUGCUGACUGGGAGAAACAGGACCCUGCUGACUGGGAGAACCGGGACCCUGCUGACUGGGAGAAACGGGACCCUGCUGACUGGGAGAAACGGGACCCUGCUGACUGGGAGAACCGGGACCCUGCUGACUGGGAGAAACGGGACCCUGCUGACUGGGAGAAACGGGUCCCUGCUGACUGGGAGAAACGGGUCCCUGCUGACUGUGAGAGAGAAACGGGUCCCUGCUGA